GAAGUCAGAAAACGAACAAGAAUCUUAUAUAUGAGGAAGAGCACGAGCUCUUAUUCUUCUCUAAUCAUAUCAAAUAAGUCUGUUGUGGUUGCUGACUUGCUGCUUGUUUUUGGUGAACCAUUUGAACACGAUACCCUCACUCCCUUACUCUGUAAUGGAGAUUCUUUUCAUCCGCUAGACCAGGAGAUUGAUAACGUCUUUUUAUAAACACACACACACACACACACACUUACUUGACCGAAAGUUUACAACAUCAACGCGAUUAUUGUGGUGGAGUUUCUAUUGCGUCUUCAAGACUACUUUAAUUUAAUUGACUUGGUUUAUUCUCAUCGCCUCUGUAGUCUCAGACUGAAUUCAAGUGAGCACAGUCCCAUGGCUUCUCUUGCCCCAGCUUCUCAAUUUAAAUCCCGCUUUAGCGAACUCCGUAUCAGACAAUCUCGUCAGUAUUCUUCCAUUGUACCCAGUUUCAUCGGCAAUCCAAAAUUUGGCCCCUUUUUCUUGCCCAGAAGGUUAUCCUUGCAAAUUCGGGCUCCAGGUGGGACUUCGAAGAUGCCCAUGAGGCCUAUCGUUUCUGCAACAACGGCUGAGAAACCCAAAAAACGUUAUCCGGGUGAGUCGAAGGGUUUCGUGGAGGAGAUGAGGUUUGUGGCCAUGAAGUUGCAUACCCGAGAGCAGGCGAAGGAGGGUGAGAAAGAAGUCAAGGAACCGGAGGAACGACCAGUGACCAAAUGGGAACCCACAAUUGAUGGGUAUUUGAGGUUUCUCGUCGAUAGCAAAUUGGUUUAUGAUACAGUGGAGAAGAUAAUUGAAGAUGCUGCUUAUCCUUAUUAUGCUGAAUUCAGAAAUACAGGAUUGGAAAGGUCUGCAAGUUUAGCAAAAGAUUUGCAGUGGUUCCGUGAACAAGGCCAUACCAUUCCCGACCCAUCUUCCCCUGGUCUAACCUAUGCAAAUUAUCUUAAGGAGUUAUCAGAGAAGGAUCCCCAGGCUUUCAUUUGUCACUUCUACAAUAUCUUCUUUGCCCACACAGCUGGUGGUCGAAUGAUUGGGAGGAAGGUAGCUGAAAAGAUACUCAACUGCAAGGAGUUGGAGUUCUAUAAAUGGGAUGGUGAUCUCUCGCAGUUAUUGCAGUAUGUGAGAGACAAGUUGAAUAAAGUUGCUGAAGGAUGGAGUCGGGAGGAGAAGAAUCAUUGUCUGGAAGAAACAGAAAAAUCAUUCAAGUUGUCGGGGGAGAUUCUGCGUCUAAUAUUAUCAUGAUGUAAUUCGUCACUGGACUACGCACUUGAUCUGAUCAUGUGUACCAAUGGCGCAAGCCAACAACAACAGUGUGCAUUGUAUGACUAUUCCGUGUUCAAUUCCAUGUCAUAACUCGGAAUAUUAA